GGUCUGAGACCAGUGCUUUGUUCGACGCAUUUCACCGCUGCUGAAUGAAUGACCACACUACUAAAAUUUCACACAGUCAUCAAUAUGACUGUGACAUUGAUUUUCACUUGCACACCGUGCAGCAACACUCAUCGCUGUUUUGGUUCCUGUGUGCAAAGUGAGUGUGUGUGCCAGCGAAAGAGAGAGAGCGAGCAGCAGAACGGGGAUAACGCGACGGUGAAAAUGUACAUCCAAACUACCACCCUGACCAUCUCUCUCAGCCUGUCUGCCUCCGUGUCUCUGGGGAUGCUCUACAUGCCCAAGGUCUACAUCAUCCUCUUCCACCCCGAGCAGAACGUACCUAAACGAAAACGCAGCUUCAAGGCAAUCGUGACGGCUGCUGCAAUGUCGGGAAAACUGAGCCAGAAGGGAGGAGACCGGCCCAACGGAGAGGUGAAGACUGAACUAUGUGAGAGCAUGGAGACCAACACCGUCCCUCGGACUCUCUUGGCCCCAGCAACUGCUGAUCUCCCCACAGAUGAAAUGUUGAUGGGAGAAAUCUGCCAGACAGAAGGCCUGCAGGGAGCCUAUGAGAGUGAAUGAGAUAGAAACAGAUAUAUAUUAGAGCAGAGUGGACAGAAUUCCCCUCUCUGUACACCUGCAACCACCGGCAAGAUGUCCAACCUACAAAAAUACGUGAGAGCUAAAAAAGAAACAGUCAGCUGCAUCAGUGAAUACAUUCUUGAUGGAGAGGAACAAUCAAUAAUGCUGGAGGCAAAGUGAAAGGACAAAUCACACCAUUUAUGGGAGGAUGGUGUGCCCUACACCUACAAGUCAGAAGAAAAGGUGUGAAUUCUGUAAAUGUGUGUUCUUAUACUUUUUGUUAUAUUUUAGCACACUCUCCUGAAAUGUUCCCUUGGUGAUGAGGUUGGCGUGUAGGCAAAAUAGUAAAUAUAAACCCAGAAGAAAUGGCCUUGUUCCAUCAGCAUUAAAUCACAGCAAAGAUUUCUGCAGCUGGCCUUUUAUGUUUUUUUCUACAGCCAAAUCCCAAAUGUCCUUAAUCAAAACACUCCUAUCUGCUUAUUCACUGGAAGAUGCUCAGGAAAUAUUUGAAGCAUGUUUCAUGACCCUGAUCUCCAUGGAACUUGUUUGUAAGCCAAAUGCUAACUUUUACAGACAGACAUGUUGCCAGCGAACAGUAGUGUUAGUUCUCGUGUGUACGCUUUGUCAACAGAGUACUCGUGCCUAUUUUACUGUCAAGUGUAUAUAAUUUGUACAGCUUAUAGCAACUUCUGGCACAAAGCUCCAUAGCA